UGGAUUGUCUGUUUCUUGCCCAAGGAACCCCCAAAAGAGGACCUGACCGUGUCUGAAAAGUUUCAGCUUGUUCUAGACGUGGCUCAGAAGGCGCAGAACCUUUUUGGCAAGAUGGCAGACAUACUGGAAAAAAUUAAAAACUUGUUCAUGUGGGUCCAGCCAGAAAUAACACAGAAGCUUUACAUUACUCUAUGGGCAGCUUUUAUUGCAUCCUGCUUUUUGCCCUACAGGAUUAUUGGACUUGCAAUGGGACUCUAUGCUGGAAUCAAGUUUUUCCUUAUUGAUUUUAUCUUCAAACGAUGCCCUAGACUAAGAGCUAAGUAUGAUACUCCUUAUAUCAUCUGGACAAGUCUCCUGACAGAUCCUCAGCUCAAAGAAAGAUCUAAUGCUACAGUGUCAAGACGGCUCCAAACAGCAGCAUCCAGAAGUUAUGUGGGCUCAAGUGCCCCAACUGGAAUAAGCAAAGAUGAAGAGACAAGUCGUUUUCAUACCACCAAGAGGGGGAAUUUCCAUGAAGUUUUUAACCUGUCGGAAAAUGAGCGUCCUUUGGCAGUGUGUGAAAAUGGCUGGCGCUGUUGCUUAAUUAACAGAGAUAGGAAGAUGCCUACAGACUACAUCAGAAAUGGAGUUCUUUAUGUCACAGAAAAUUACUUGUGCUUUGAAAGCUCCAAAUCUGGCUCAUCUAAAAGAAAUAAAGUUAUAAAGCUAACGGAUAUAACAGAUAUUCAGAAGUAUAAAGUGCUCUCUGUUCUCCCGGGAUCAGGGAUGGGUAUUGCUGUAUCGACACCAUCUACACAAAAACCUUUGGUGUUUGGUGCCAUGGUACACAGAGAUGAAGCUUUUGAGACAAUUUUCAACCAGUAUGUGAAAAUAACCUCUGCAUCAUCAAGCAGUGAGAGCUAGUAUCUUGUCUUAGAAGAUCUAAAGGAAACUUUCUUAUUUUACAACUUGGUAGUGAAAAAAAUGAACAUCCUCAUCUGUUUCGCAAUAAUUUUUCUUGUCUGGUGGUUUAUAUUCUAUCUGUUACAUAAAUCAAGUGUAUUUUAUAUAUGCCUUCAUGUUUGUUUUUAAGGUUUUUGUAAGAAAAAAAACAAAAAAC